AUGCUCCUUCUCGCCUUUGCCAUCAUUCACUGCGCUUGCCAUGCCGAUGCUUUAGCUUCUUCGUCCCUGUCUCUGUCUAAUGACGAUUGGGCCAACGACACUAAUGACACCUCUGUGACCGUGACCACAUCGCGGACCUCAACGACAUCAUCGGCCACCUCGACUGCGACAUCGACCCUCUCCGCAUCCACGACUUCAACGCUCACUGAGGUUGAGGAGCCAGUAGUUUCGGAGCCAUCGUGGACUUUCGAGUCUUUAUGGCUGGCCGGAUCAUUGUCGGACUACAAUGGCGAGGACUGGAUCAAUGAUCAGCAAACCAUCAUUGGACUGGUGCUGCUGGGCACAACUCCUUUUGCAGCAUGCUUCCUAGGAUGUUGCACCAUCUGCCUGAGACUCAUCUUCUGUGGGCAGACCGCGCAGGACAUGCAGAAGACAUUGUCGAAGCAUGGUGUAGUGCAGGCCACAAAGAUGAUGUUGACAUUGGCGACUCUCUGGGAGAGUGCUGCCUUGUUCAUCCUCUUCUACAGCACCUUGAAGCAUUCGCCAGCCAUUGCAGUCCUGGAGGCUUUCGUCUACAGCCUAUACCAAGGUGGGCUGGCAUUGCUGCAGCACAAGCCAAAGGAGCAGUCGGAAUCGGAACAGCGCAAACAUCUGCAACCAGUCUCUGUGUACACCGACCUGCAUGUGGGGAACUUCUUCGAGUGCGUCACCGUUUUUGUGCUCCAGGUGAUGCUGUACAUGUUCCUGCUGCUGACGGUUUACCACCAAGAGAAGCUUAUUGAAAAGGAAAUCACAGAGCAGCAGUUGUUCAUGUACGUCUGUGGCUCAGUUGUUGGUUUGGUGUUGCGGCUGCGGGAGCAGUCCUUCUUGGCCGCCGAAUGGGAGCCCUUCUGGCAUCCGUACUUCUAUGAAGACUUCCGGCGCCCACACCAUUUUGCAAAAGUGCGCUGCUUCAUGUCGUGGCUGGCAAACGAGGCUUUUGCCCGCACCAUCUUCUUCUUGCUCCCGGUAAUUCUGAUGUACUCCCCCGACCUCUUGGAGUUCGUGAAAGAUGCCACUUGCAUCGUCUUCAUCGCGCAUUUGGAUGAUGUCCAGAGCACGGAGGAAGACCAGUGGAUCGUCAAGGGCGAGCUUGUGGUGCAGGAGAAGCUGGGAGAGCUAAAGAAGCUCAUGGCCGACUUUGCGAAUAUGAAGGAAAGAGAUGACCAAAAGAAGCUGAUCGCCCAGCAGCAAGAGCGGAUUCAGGAGCUUCAGCAGAUCGUGGUGCAGCAGCAAGCAAGCGUGCAGGAGCUGAAACAGGCAGCAGAGAAAGGAGAAGCGCAGACGACGGAGCUGGGGUCGCGAGUGGAGAAAAGGCUGAGGCAGCUUGAAGACAGCAGCCAGGUGGAAGAGCUCAAGCGCCUCUUGCAGACGAAGAUGAAUGAAGUCGAGACGACGAAGAUGGAGUUAAAGCAGUUUGUGGUGGACAAGCUGCUGGAGAAGAAGACCAAAGAGCUUGAACACCUCGAGAAGAAGCUCAUGGACUAG